AUGUACGGAUCGAAAGAUCAGCCGAUCGUUGGACGCAGCAGGACAGACCACUAUCUCAAUUGUGAAGUCUGUCCGGCCUGGCUCCCCGUUCCCGGCGGCAAGGUUCAUCAGGGAUAUCCUGUUGAAACCUCUGAUCACUGGGAAUCGAUCACUCCUGGUCUUUCGGUCCGUGCCUUGGUGAUAGAAAGCACCGAGCAAACAAGCAAGCCGCGCUUCGUAGCCUUGUAG